CAGUCGCACUGAACGCUGACCGGAAGUGUGAUUUAAACACAGUCGGAGGAUUUGUGUUGGUUGGUUGUUGAGACGUUUAUAAACUUUUAUUCUUUUAUUUGCUACAUCCUCUUGAUCCACAAAAAUGGGGAAAAGACAGCAUCAAAAAGAUAAGAUGUAUAUCACAUGUGCAGAAUACACUCAGUUUUAUGGAGGGAAAAAAUCAGAAAUCCCACAAUCCAAUUUCAGACGUCUGCCCUUUGAUCACUGCAGUUUGUCUCUUCAGCCCUUUGAGUAUCCCAUGUGCACGGUGGAUGGGGUGGUUUUUGAUUUAAUGAGCAUAGUGCCUUGGAUUAAGAAGUUUGGUACCAACCCCAUAACUGGAGAGAAGCUGGAGGCUAAAUCCCUCAUCAAGCUUAACUUCAGCAAAAACAAUGAAGGGAAGUACCACUGUCCUGUGCUCUACACAGUGUUCACAAACAACUCCCACAUUGUUGCCAACAAAGUCACAGGAAAUGUGUUCUCCUAUGAGGCAGUAGAACAGCUCAACAUCAAGACAAAGAGUUAUAAAGACCUGCUGACAGAUGAACCAUUCACUCGUCAGGACCUCAUCACACUACAGGAUCCCACAAAUCUGGAUAAAUUCAAUGUCUCCAACUUCUUUCAUGUGAAAAACAAUAUGAAAGUCCUCGACCCUGAUGAGGAGAAAGCCAAGCAGGAUCCAUCAUACCAUCUGAAAAGCACAAACCUGGAGACACGAGAAACGUUAGCAGAGCUCUACAGAGACUAUAAAGGAGAUGAGAUGUUGGCCUCCACUAUGAAAGUGCCAGAAGCCAAAAAAACAGACAAGCUCAAUGCUGCUCACUAUUCCACUGGAAGAGUGUCAGCCUCCUUCACAUCUACAGCUAUGGCUCCAGCCACCACCAAUGAAGCAGAUGCUAUUUCUGACGAUGCCGUUCGCUACCAAUAUGUUAAGAAGAAAGGCUAUGUCCGCCUGCACACAAACAAAGGAGACCUGAAUGUGGAAUUGCACUGUGAUAAGGUCCCCAAGGCUGGAGAAAACUUUAUUAAACUGUGUAAGAAAGGAUAUUAUGAUGGCACAAUAUUCCACCGCUCUAUUCGAAAUUUCAUGAUUCAAGGAGGAGACCCUACAGGGACUGGUACAGGAGGAGAGUCUUACUGGGGGAAGCCAUUCAAGGACGAGUUCAGGCCCAAUCUGUCUCACACGGGUCGUGGUAUUCUGAGCAUGGCUAACUCAGGACCCAACACAAAUAAAUCCCAGUUCUUUAUAACAUUUCGCUCAUGCACAUACCUGGACAGGAAACACACUGUGUUUGGAAGAGUGGUUGGUGGUUUAGAGACCCUCACAGCGAUGGAGAAUGUUGAAAGUGAUCCAAAGACAGACAAACCCAAGUCUGAGAUAAAGCUGCUGAGCGCUACAGUAUUUGUGGACCCGUAUGAGGAAGCAGAUACACAGAUUGCAGCCGAGCGAGAGAAGGAAGCACAGAAACAGGAGGAAGAGAGAGCACAAACCUCUGCUUCAGUCAACAAGGCAAAAACAGAGGACAAGCCUAAAACCUUUAGACCAGGAGUGGGCAAAUACAUCAACAUGACUGCCACGAAACAUUCCCUCCCGGAUGGUGACAAACCCUCCACUAGUGAAGCUCCUGUCAAGAAACCCAAAGGCAGAACAGGUUUUGGAGACUUCAGUUCCUGGUAGAAGCACGGCACUGUCCCUCCUCUCAAAGACAGAUCGUGGCUAAAUUGAGAUAUUGGACUGAUCGUACUCGAUGCAGACCUCUUGGUUUUUCCCUUUUAUGGGCCUGGUUUUGUCUUGUAUUUUUAAAGAAUAAUGUGGCAGAGAUUUAGUUCACAUGUAGUUAAGUCAAGUCUUUCUUUAUAUUGAACCCUGUAAAUAAUCAGUUAUUUUUUGCAUAUUAAAUGAUUUAAUGUAUGCGUUAAUAGAUGCAAUUUGCUAAAAGUUUGUCUUGUUCAUGCUG